CGAGCGCGUAACGAAUGCAGUUCAGACUCGAUUCAGAGCUCCAGCACUCUAAAAGUGUUUUCAGAUUCCUCUAAAGGCAGUAAAAAAUAAUGACUGCGCGACAGUACCCGCAGAAUUGGACCACUUUUGAAAGGAUUUUAGAGAAUGGAGAUAAACUGACGUUCGUAGUUGAAGAUAUUCCAGAAUCGUAUUGGGAGGACGCCGUAGAGUUUAUGCUCGGAAACUACAUUAGAGAAGACGUUUGGUGGACUACUGCAGGUACAGCGAAGGAGCCCCUAGCGGUAGAAGAGUACCGGGUGCUGCUGAGAAAUAUCGUGAAGCAGAGGAUGAGUCUGGCUUGUUUCCUCGUGGAUGGAGAUCGCACGCUGGUCGGAGUCAACAUGUGCAUGCCUCAGGAGAGGGACCGCUUCGUUGAGCAUAUCCCGCCAAAAUCAACAGCGGGGCAGCUAUCUCUACGUAUGUUCAGCGAAGCUAUGAAGGUGACGGCAAUAUACGAGCAAUACCACGUGGACAAAUAUCUAAUGGGUGCCGGUCUGUCAGUGCUGCCGGAGUACAGGACUCUGGGCAUCGCGGUAGAGAUGUUGAAGUGUAGGGUGUCCCUCGCUAAGGAGCUGGGCUUCGCUGUGACCGGAGGCAUAUUCACAAGCGCCUCCGCCCAGCGCGCCGCCGAAAAGGCCGCCAUGGAUUGCGUCUACCAGAUAUCAUACAAGGAGUUCGGCGAGCAAUGCGAAAUAAACUUUGACACCAGUACCGAGAGCUUAAAAUUCUUCGCCAAGAAAACUGAUUGAAAUAAUAAACGGCAUGGAAAUACACCCCGAGUUCUCUCAACAUUAAUUUACUACAUUAUUUUAUAUAGGCGCCCUCGCAUACGAGGAUCGUAUAUUGUAAUAAGAUUAAAAAGACAUGUUCUUGUUAUUAUAAUAGAAUAUAGUAAUACAAAUAUAUCAUUUUG